AUGACUGCCGACUCUAAGACGACAGAGGAGCGGGCUAGAGAGUCGCCAGAGGCGGUGACCGCUGGCGAUCAAAAUGUCUUUCAUGAGAUCCUCGAGAAGCUACCGCCUUGGUAUACGAAUCCCAGACUGGUCAGACUCUAUUUUUUCCUCGUCGCCCCCAUCGUCACAUCUGCGGCCCUUGGCUUCGACCUCAGCAUGACGAACGGCCUCCAGUCCGUGAACAUCUUCAUGAACAACUUUGGAAACCCUAGCGGAUCUACUCUUGGCUUUUAUGGCGCCUCCAUGUCAGUGGGCGGCUUCGUUGCCUGCCUCAUCGCCGGCCCUCUCAACGAGCGGUUUGGUCGACGGCUCAUUUGCUCCGUGGGCGCAGCCAUUGUGAUUGGAGCGACAAUCAUGCAAACGUUUGCCAUAAACUUUGGCAUGUUCACCGGCGGCAAAAUGAUCUUGGGCUUUGGAUCCAAUCUUCAGCUCCUGACCGCUCCUGUGCUGGUGACGGAGCUGGCCCAUCCCAUGAAUCGCGUCUUCAUCUCCUCCUUCUACAACACGAACAUCUUCAUCGGGCUCAUCAUCGGAGGCUGGGUGACCUUUGGUACCUACAGCAUGAACUCUCACUGGGCGUGGAAGCUCCCCUGCAUUCUCCAGGUCGUCAUCCCCAGCUACCAGGUUUUCAUGCUUUGGCUCUGUCCCGAAAGCCCGAGAUGGCUCGUGACCAAAGGCCGCAUCGCAGAGGCUAGGGAAAUCCUCAUCCGCUACCACAGCUCAAUCCAGGGAGUCGAGGACGAGGUUGUCAAGACCGAGCUGCAGGAGAUUGUCACCGGGAUUGAGAUGGACAAGACUCAGCUCAAGCUCAAUAAGGAUGGCUUCAAGAGUGUCCUACUCUCCAAGGGAAACAGACAUCGUCUUUGGAUCGGUUUCUGGACUGCCGUCGGAUCCCAAUGCGGUGGCGGCACAUUCAUUGCGUCCUACCUCCCCCAAAUCAUGGACCAGAUCGGCAUGACCAGCCAGCACGACAAGACGCUCAUCAACGCCAUCAUGAGUAUCUGUAACUGGGUCACGACUAUCAUCGGCAUCAUGAUCAUCCCGCACGUGAAGCGAAGGUCGAUGUUCCUAUACAGCACCAUUACCAUGACAAUCGCCUUCAUAGUCUGGACAGCGCUUGCGGCUACUUACAUCAAGGACCCGCAGCGAGGUUACGGACUUGGGGUUCUCGCCAUGAUGUUCCUCUUCAACGCGUGUCAGACCGUCUGCUGGAUUCCCUUGGUCGUGGCGUACCCUCUCGAGAUUGUCACGACGAAGCAGAGAACCAUCUUCUUUUCUUUCACCAUGUUCUCCAUGAAUAUGGCGUCCUUUAUUGCCCAGUACAUCAACCCGAUCGGACUGGAAGCGCUGUCAUGGCGAUGGUACAUUAUUCAAAUCGUCUUCAACUCAUGUCUUACGGUUAUCAUCUACUUCACGUGGGUUGAGACCCGCGGCCUCACUCUUGAAGAAGUUGCCGUGAUUUUCGACGGAACGGAAUCGUUCGAUGCUGCAAAGGCCGCCGCUGGGAAACGAUUGGAUGCCGAGGAUGCAGAUGUGGUUAAGGCUGACGACGAGAAGAAUUCUGUGGUGACUCGUGUGAAUGAGAAGGCCUAG